GCGGCCGUGACAGAUAGCACGCGAUGCCGGUUUCCUUCUUCUUCUUCUUCUUCGUCCCUAUCGAGGAAGUCGCCUGUCAACCUAAUCGCCUUCUUCUCAGACCUGCGGCCGACGAUGAUAUUCGGAAUUCGGGUCGGCGGGUGCGCCCUUGGUUCCGGGGUGUUGGUGCUGUACGAGUUGGGUCACGCAGGGUAGUCGCCCGAGAGCUUGGUAUAAGCAGGCAGUUGGCCCGUUAGUCCUGUGGCCUUUCUCGCGCCAGGAGCCUGAGGUGUGGUCGAAGGAGCAGAGGGCUUGGUUGGGGAACGUGAGUCUGCCGUCUCCCGUGGUGGCGAAGGGGGAGGAAGAGGGAAAACAGACCCGACAGGAGACGGGGGUAUCAAAUUGAGUGCAGUGAUGAAAAAUGGGGUGAUGUGAUGGGAAGGGGACGAUGGAUGAGCGUUGGGAUCGGAUGGGAUUGAUGGAAGUGAGUGGAGGGAUGAGUGGUGGAAGAAAAAAAAAGGGCGAUGAGGGUGGGUUGAUGAUGGGGGAGGGAGAUGAGAUGGAGGUGAAGAUGCGAGUAAGAUCAAUGAAUCUGUGCUUGUGUGUCAAGUGUGUGGCGUGUGUGCUCAGGUGGUUACUAAGAAGGCUUGGGAAGAUUACGUUGUCCGGUACUUGCUGGGUACGAACGGGCCAUGGUUGACACC